AAUCAUUACUCAUAAAUGUAUAUUAAAUGUGAGCAAUUAAACAAGAUCGCUUUUGCUGCUACCAUAAGUUAAAAAUGAUGAUGAUUAAUUUUAAACCGAAACAUUAGAAGCACGCUUGCGUAUAGACGUCACGAGUACACUUUUUAAGUAGGUGGAAGAUAAUUUGGGUAAACACAAAACUGGCAGGAGGCCAAUAUAAUUAGCGAUGCAAUGCAGCGAAGAUACAAAGAGUCUGAAGAAAAUCAAAUGAAUUCAGUUUUUUUAAACAAAAAAAGAACAAAACAAUAAUGGUUGAUGUGACGGAUUUUAUUAUCGGUGGCCUGUCGGCUGGAUGCGCUGGUUUUUUCAGUAAUCCCUUAGACGUUCUAAAAACCCGGAUGCAACUACAAGGAGAAUUAAAAGCAAGAGGUCAGCACGCUGUUCACUAUAAAAACGUUUUUCAUGCGGCCAUCGUUGUGACGAAAAACGAUGGCAUUUUAGGGUUGCAAAAGGGGGUGGUAGCAGCCGUCAUUUUGCAUUCAAUCAGAAACUGUAUUAGACUGGGACUGUACCAGACUGCAUUAAAAAAGGGAAUUCUCACAGAUGAAAAUGGAAAAACUGUUUUCUAUAAGAGUUUCAUCAUCAGUUCCGUCUGUGGAGCUGCAGGCGCCUUCGUGGGAAGUCCCUUAUUCCUGAUAAAAACACAGUUGCAAUCACAAGCCGUUCAACAAAUCGCAGUUGGCUUUCAACACAAUCAUCGUGGAGCGAUAUCAGCAUUAAAAACAAUUUACAGUCAGCACGGGUUGCGUGGUUUAUGGAGGGGAGCGAACGGUACAGUGAUAAGAGCGGUGGCAGGUUCCUCUGCACAGUUAACAUCUUUUCUGAUGGCAAAAGAUGCUCUAAGAGACGUGGCCUAUUUAAAAAACAGACCUUACCUAAUAUCUUUUAUUGCAAGUUUUAUCGGAGGAGUUUUCCAAACGGUCGCUGUCACCCCGUUUGAUCUCAUAUCGACGCGUCUCUAUAAUCAAGGUAUCGAUGCUCAGGGAAGAGGUUUACUGUAUAGCGGAGUUAUUGACUGUUGCGUGAAGGUGUGGAAAACGGAAGGUUUCUUUGGCUUUUAUAAAGGUGUCGGUGCAAAUUACAUGAGACUAGCGCCUCACUCAGUCCUAACGUUAGUUUUCUGGGAUUACUUUAAAGAGUUACACAACGUAUACUUAAGUAAACGAGAAAUAGUAAUUAGGCAAAAGCUGUAGCAGUUGUUAUUGUAAUAAAUGCAAAAAAUUAAAUAAAACAAUAAAAUCUG